GCAGAGGAGCCCGCAGCCCUCCGGAGCCUCCGCGAUCGCCUGGCUAGCUUUCCCCGGAGCAGCCGAGGAGCGCAGGCCCGACGACUCCGGGGGCAGCUGGCCCUGUGCAGUGACAUCGCCAUCCGGAGCCGGGCUCGAAGCCGCCUGGCCGCGCCCGCGGGGUCGCAGGCCGCUGGUCCUGCCCGGCCGAGCUCACAAACUAAUCGCGACUCGUGACCCGGGACAAACUUGUGGCGGCGGCGCAGCCCCUUCCACAGUCACCCUCCCCCGAGCCAGUCACCAAAAUAGAAGACGCGGCUGGGCCGAGGAGGUGGGCGGGGGAGCACGGUGGCCGCUCCUCCCAGCGCGGCGGACGCCCGCUUCGGCGGCGGCAGUGGCGGUGGCCGCGGGGCCGCCCCCAGCCGAUCUCCCGGAGGCGGUGGGGCGCGGGCCGGCGGGGCGCGGGCGCUCACGCCCUCUAGCGGGCCGCGGCGGCGCUGGGCGGCCGUGACGUGAGCGCUCCCUUCAGCCGGCCUGCGGGGCACCGCCAGUCAGUCGGGGAGCAAGAGCCCCGCGCGCAGCCGGCGCGGGCUCGGCCAUCGGCGCGCCGCCGCCCGUGGCUGGGCUCGGGGCUGCCUGUGGAGAGACGGCGGGCGGAACGCGCGCGGCCACGGCCACCGCCACGGCCGCGGCCACGGCGACGGCCGGCAGCUCGGGUCCCGCGUCCCGGGCAGGAGAAGGCGAGAGGCGGCGAGCUCCGCCGCCCGAACCGAGGGAAGAUUUUGGCACUGCGGGCGCGCCCUCGGCUCCCUCUUACAGCGGCGCCAGACGCCGAGUGGGGCCAGGGAGAGGGGAGAAGGACCCAGGACCCUGUGCCCGCGCCCCGGGAGCCGCCGGAGUUCGGACUUCUGCAACUGUUGGCACUUUGGGGGCUUCGCUCAGCGCUCUGCUGUUUACCCUUCUUUCCUGGCUGCCUCCUAACCAAAGCUCCCGGCCCCCUCCGCCCUCGCGCGCCCACCCACCGCCGCCGCGGAGCGGCCCGGCGCGCACUCAGCACCAUGAAGAGACUUGGGACUUGCCUGGCGACUUUGGCCGGACUUUUGCUAACUGCGGCGGGCGAGACGUUCUCAGGUGGCUGCCUCUUUGAUGAGCCAUAUAACACAUGUGGAUAUAGUCAAGCCGAAGAUGAUGACUUCAACUGGGAGCAAGUGAACACUUUGAUCAAACCAACUUCUGAUCCAUGGAUGCCAUCAGGUUCUUUCAUGCUGGUGAAUGCCUCUGGGAGACCUGAGGGGCAGAGAGCCCACCUGCUCUUACCCCAGCUUAAAGAAAAUGACACCCACUGCAUCGAUUUUCACUAUUUUGUGUCCAGCAAGAGUAAUUCUCCUCCAGGGUUACUCAAUGUCUACGUGAAGGUCAAUAACGGGCCACUGGGGAAUCCUAUCUGGAAUAUAUCGGGAGACCCGACACGUACAUGGAACAGGGCAGAACUGGCCAUUAGUACUUUCUGGCCUAACUUUUAUCAGGUGAUUUUUGAAGUGAUAACUUCUGGACAUCAAGGCUAUCUCGCUAUCGAUGAAGUGAAGGUGUUAGGACAUCCAUGUACUAGGACUCCCCACUUCCUGCGUAUUCAGAAUGUGGAAGUUAACGCUGGCCGGUUUGCUACCUUCCAGUGCAGUGCCAUCGGCAGGACCGUGGUAGGAGACAGGCUCUGGUUACAGGGCAUUGAUGUGCGAGAUGCUCCUCUGAAGGAAAUCAAGGUGACCAGCUCCCGACGCUUCAUUGCUUCAUUUAAUGUUGUGAAUACCACCAAACGAGAUGCUGGAAAGUACCGCUGCAUGAUUCGCACCGAAGGAGGGGUUGGAAUAUCAAACUAUGCAGAACUGGUAGUUAAAGAACCACCUGUUCCUAUUGCCCCACCUCAGCUCGCCUCUGUGGGAGCCACCUACCUGUGGAUACAGCUGAACGCCAACUCCAUCAAUGGGGACGGGCCCAUUGUCGCCCGAGAGGUGGAGUACUGCACGGCCAGUGGGAGCUGGAAUGACCGGCAGCCAGUCGAUUCCACGAGCUAUAAAAUUGGACACCUUGACCCUGAUACAGAAUAUGAGAUUAGUGUGCUCCUGACCAGGCCAGGGGAGGGUGGCACUGGCUCUCCUGGGCCGGCUCUCAGGACGAGAACAAAGUGUGCUGAUCCCAUGCGCGGCCCAAGAAAACUAGAAGUAGUGGAGGUCAAAUCUCGGCAAAUCACUAUCCGCUGGGAGCCAUUUGGAUAUAAUGUAACUCGUUGCCAUAGUUAUAAUCUCACUGUCCACUACUGUUACCAAGUUGGAGGACAAGAACAAGUGCGAGAAGAAGUAAGCUGGGAUACAGAAAACUCACACCCUCAACACACGAUCACUAACCUGUCACCAUAUACCAAUGUCAGUGUGAAACUGAUCCUCAUGAACCCAGAGGGCCGGAAGGAAAGCCAAGAACUCAUAGUGCAAACAGAUGAAGACCUCCCAGGUGCUGUUCCCACUGAAUCCAUACAAGGAAGUACCUUUGAAGAGAAGAUAUUUCUUCAGUGGAGAGAACCAACUCAAACAUAUGGUGUAAUCACUUUAUAUGAGAUCACCUACAAAGCAGUCAGUUCCUUUGACCCAGAAAUAGAUUUAUCCAAUCAGAGUGGAAGAGUUUCAAAGCUGGGAAACGAAACCCAUUUUCUGUUUUUUGGACUGUAUCCGGGGACCACAUACUCCUUUACCAUCCGAGCUAGCACAGCUAAGGGUUUUGGGCCUCCAGCAACAAACCAGUUUACCACCAAAAUAUCAGCACCCUCUAUGCCAGCUUAUGAACUCGAAACACCUUUGAAUCAAACUGACAAUACCGUGACAGUCAUGCUGAAACCUGCACACAGCAGAGGAGCACCUGUCAGCGUCUAUCAAAUAGUUGUUGAGGAAGAACGUCCUCGAAGAACUAAAAAGACGACAGAAAUCUUAAAGUGCUACCCAGUGCCAAUUCACUUCCAGAAUGCUUCUCUACUGAACUCACAGUAUUACUUUGCUGCAGAAUUUCCUGCAGACAGCCUCCAAGCUGCACAACCUUUUACAAUUGGUGAUAAUAAGACAUACAAUGGAUACUGGAACACUCCCCUUCUCCCCCAUAAAAGCUACAGAAUUUAUUUUCAAGCUGCUAGUAGAGCCAAUGGGGAAACCAAAAUAGACUGUGUCCGAGUGGCCACAAAAGGUGCUGCCACUCCAAAACCAGUCCCAGAACCCGAGAAACAGACAGACCAUACAGUUAAAAUUGCUGGAGUCAUUGCCGGCAUCUUGCUGUUCGUUAUUAUAUUUCUUGGAGUUGUGUUGGUAAUGAAGAAAAGGAAACUGGCCAAGAAGCGGAAGGAGACGAUGAGCAGCACCCGACAGGAGAUGACUGUGAUGGUGAACUCAAUGGACAAGAGCUAUGCUGAGCAGGGCACAAACUGCGAUGAGGCUUUCUCAUUCAUGGACACGCACAAUCUGAAUGGGAGAUCUGUGUCCUCACCAUCAUCCUUUACAAUGAAAACAAAUACACUGAGCACGUCGGUGCCUAAUUCCUAUUACCCAGACCCAUUUGUGCCAACUGCAAUUUUAGUGCCAAUAAAUGAUGAAACCCACACGAUGGCCAGCGAUACCAGCAGCCUGGUGCAGUCCCAUACUUACAAGAAGCGGGAGCCGGCUGACGUGCCCUACCAGACCGGGCAGCUCCACCCCGCCAUCCGGGUGGCAGACCUCCUUCAGCACAUCACGCAGAUGAAGUGUGCCGAGGGCUACGGCUUCAAGGAGGAAUACGAGAGCUUCUUUGAAGGGCAGUCUGCACCAUGGGACUCGGCUAAGAAAGAUGAGAACAGAAUGAAGAACAGAUAUGGGAAUAUUAUUGCAUAUGAUCAUUCCCGGGUGAGGCUGCAGACAAUAGAAGGAGACACAAACUCAGACUAUAUCAAUGGCAAUUAUAUUGAUGGUUAUCAUCGACCCAAUCAUUACAUUGCUACCCAAGGGCCAAUGCAGGAGACCAUCUAUGACUUCUGGAGGAUGGUGUGGCACGAAAACACUGCAAGCAUCAUCAUGGUGACCAAUCUUGUGGAAGUGGGAAGGGUCAAAUGCUGCAAAUACUGGCCAGAUGACACAGAGAUAUAUAAAGACAUUAAAGUUACCCUAAUAGAAACAGAACUACUGGCAGAAUAUGUGAUAAGAACAUUUGCUGUUGAAAAGAGAGGUGUGCAUGAAAUCCGAGAGAUCAGACAGUUUCACUUCACUGGCUGGCCGGAUCAUGGGGUUCCCUACCAUGCCACUGGCCUGCUGGGAUUUGUGCGGCAGGUCAAGUCCAAGAGCCCACCCAAUGCAGGCCCACUGGUGGUGCACUGCAGUGCUGGUGCAGGAAGGACUGGCUGUUUCAUCGUCAUUGAUAUCAUGUUGGACAUGGCUGAAAGGGAAGGGGUCGUAGACAUCUACAACUGCGUCAGGGAGCUGCGGUCACGGAGGGUGAACAUGGUGCAAACAGAGGAGCAAUAUGUGUUUAUCCACGAUGCAAUCCUGGAAGCUUGUCUUUGUGGAGACACCUCUGUGCCUGCUUCCCAAGUUAGGUCUCUGUAUUAUGACAUGAACAAACUGGAUCCACAGACAAACUCCAGCCAGAUUAAAGAGGAAUUCCGGACCCUAAACAUGGUGACGCCAACACUGCGAGUGGAGGACUGCAGCAUCGCUCUGUUGCCCCGGAACCAUGAGAAAAACCGGUGCAUGGACAUCCUGCCCCCAGACCGCUGCCUGCCCUUCCUCAUCACCAUUGACGGGGAGAGCAGCAACUACAUCAAUGCCGCCCUCAUGGACAGCUACAAACAGCCUUCAGCUUUUAUAGUCACCCAGCAUCCUUUGCCAAACACAGUGAAAGACUUUUGGAGACUGGUCCUGGAUUAUCACUGCACAUCCGUAGUUAUGCUAAAUGAUGUGGAUCCUGCCCAGUUGUGUCCACAGUAUUGGCCAGAAAAUGGAGUACACAGACACGGCCCCAUCCAGGUGGAAUUUGUCUCUGCUGAUCUAGAAGAGGACAUCAUCAGCAGGAUAUUCCGUAUUUACAAUGCAGCCAGACCCCAAGAUGGAUAUCGGAUGGUGCAGCAAUUCCAGUUCCUGGGCUGGCCAAUGUACAGGGACACACCGGUGUCCAAGCGGUCCUUCUUGAAACUCAUUCGCCAGGUGGACAAGUGGCAGGAGGAGUACAACGGCGGUGAAGGCCGCACCGUGGUGCACUGCUUGAACGGGGGAGGCCGCAGUGGGACAUUCUGCGCCAUCAGCAUCGUCUGCGAGAUGCUCCGGCACCAGAGAACCGUGGACGUCUUCCACGCUGUGAAGACGCUGAGGAACAACAAGCCCAACAUGGUCGACCUCCUGGAUCAGUACAAGUUCUGCUACGAGGUGGCCCUGGAAUACUUGAAUUCUGGCUGAUGGCGUAAACAGCUCUGUAAACAGUCCCUUUUGUACCACAAAGCCAAGACGUUCCAUGGUAUUUGUGCAGAAGAGAUGAAGACUUCUCAAUAUGCUUAUUUUGCUUUGCAUAAUUGGCUCUUUUUAAGAGCCCAAGAAAGUGUUUCUAAAACUGCUUGCACUGCCUGAUCCCAGUAAUGCUGCUGCCUGACAGAAACACACACACAGCCACAGUCGCCAAGUCCCGUACUCCUCGCCACCGGCUUCCUAGAGCAGCGUAGACAUCUGGUAAACUGAAGAGCACAACUUUAUUCUUAUGAAGGAAUUUGUACCUUUGGAGUAUUAUUUUGUGGCCCGUGAUCCUUCGUGAUUGUUCAGCUGAGUGUAUGUUUUUGUUCUGUGGAGAAUGCUACCUGGCAUUAUAAUAUAUUAUUUUAGGUAAUAUUUGUACUUUAACAUGUUGCAUAAUAUAUGCUUAUGUAGCUUUCCAGGACUAACCGAUAAACGUGUAAUGAACACAGAGAUGUUGUAUGAGUCAUCGUUUCUAUCAGAUUUGUAUUGUUUCCAAGGGAAAAGCUUGGGGGAGGACUCGGUUCACAAAAUGCAAAACGCAACAGUCAGAUUCAUGGACCCAGAGCUUUUCCAUUUGUUUAUAUUGUAUAUAUUUUUGAUUUCAUCAAAUUAUUUAUUCAUUAAAAGAAAUUUUUGUGAAGCA